AUGACUUCCGUGGCAAAGCAGGAGUCUCCUCAAAUGCACCUCCAGUGGCCAUGCUUGCCUGUCGAUACCGAGGGCGUCCUAUUCUGCAUUGAAGACGAUGCAGUGGAGCUGCAGUCGCAAAGUUCCGACAGGAAGGGUUUGCCUCUAACAUUCGAAUCCCUCUGGUCAAUGCGUCAUUUGGUGCAUUGUCAUUACACACCGAUUCAUCAUUUCUGCAGCAUCAUCUUUCUUCCAGAAAAUGUAACGCGACAGUCCUAUCCUCCUUGCCAUCAGGCGAUGGCCGACCCGCCUAAAUAG